AUGUCUUCCGACCCGCUAAAUAUUGCAAGACGCAAGCUCAACGAUGUGCUCGGUGAAAAAUCAACAAAGUAUUUCAAUCAUAUGAAACAGUGGUUUCGUAUGAAGUUAACUAAAGAAGAAUUUGAUGCUGAAGCUCGUAAAUUGCUAUCUACGGAUCAGGUACAUUAUCACAAUGAGUUUUUGCUGGCGUUAUUGAAUAAAGUCGAAGGAUUAGCUGAGGCUUCGAUUAGCAUCGCUCAAGAAAAAGCCAGUUCUCACAAUAGGAACAGUAGGAGGCACAAGAGAAGUUCCCGUACCUCGGAGAAGUCUAACUUCGAACCUGUGGACUUGCUGGAGUAUUUACCGCCUAACUCACCUCCAGGAGCAGGAAGUGAUGGCGUCAAGUAUGCUGCACAGGAAAUAUUUCUACCAGACCACGCACUUGUUGUUGGACGUUUCAUGUUGGCUGCCUGGGAGACUGGACUUGAAGGAGCUGAUGAUGAUGCAGCUGAUGUAAUAGUUGUAGCUGUGCAGCAUUUCCUCAAGAAUGUUAUUACUGCAGUAUUGUCACAGAGGAAGGGUUAUAAGAUGAGGAACAAACAUUUUAUGUAUGAUGUCGGUGGAGAUGUACCCAAUAUUUGGUUGAGGAACUCAACCAAGUUAUAUGACCCUCAACGAGACGGCAGAGUCAGUGUUGACGAAGGAAUGACUGACUUACUAGGCCCCAGGUGCCCUCCAACCAUUGACGAAAUGGAACACUCUGCUGCAUUUGAAAUCGCUUGCAGUGCAAACACGGAGCCUAAUGAUGACAAAUUGACCAUAGACGAGUUUUACAACACAUUGUUGGUACACAAAAAUGUCAUAUCUUGUCAUUCUGUUUAUGCUGUCAAUAUGGAAAGGAUAGCUUCUUUAUUAAACCAUCCUAGUAUAUAA